CCGGCCUGACCCGACCACCCCUUAGCAUGGCGGUGCUGCUCCCCGCCUUUGUGCAGGCUGCCCGCAAGGCCAUGGCCGCGGUGUUUUUCCUCCUCGGACUGGGAGACACAGGGCAUGGCUGGGCAGAAGCCUUUGCAAGCAUCCGACGUGCCCACAUCAAAUAUAUCUGCCCACAUGCGACAGUCAUGCCUGUAACACUGAAUAUGAAAAUGGUUAUGCCUUCUUGGUUUGAUAUUAUUAGACUUUCACCUGAUUCACAAGAGUAUGAACCUGGAAUUAAACAGGCAGCAGAAAAUGUGAAAGCUCUGAUCGACCAAGAGGUGAAGAAUGGCAUUCCUCCUCACAGGAUUGUUUUGGGAGGGUUUUCUCAGGGAGGAGCAUUAUCUCUUUAGGCCCUGACCACACAGCAGAAGCUGGCAGGAGUCACAGCCCUCAGCUGCUGGCUGCCAUUGCAGUCUUCGUUUCCAGAGGGCCCUAUCAGUGGUGCCAAUAGAGAUAUUUCUAUUCUCCAAUGCCAUGGAGAUAGUGACCCUUUGGUUCCCCUAAAGUUUGGUGCUCUGACGGUGGAAAAGCUAAAACAGUUGGUAAAUCCAGCCAAUGUGAUCUUCAAAACUUACGAAGGCAUGAUGCAUAGUUUGUGUCCUCAGGAAAUGAUAGAUAUCAAACAGUUCAUCGUUAAACUCCUACCUCCUGUGGACUAAUUUCACGCAGAGGCCUUGUGGAUGUGCACCAGCGGAGUCAAAGACUCCACACCUGUCCUGUAGCCCAUCCCGAAACUUGUCACGUUUGCAGUGUUAAAAAUGUUU